UCUGCAGACAAAGAGCAGCAGAAGAAGAAGGGGAAAGUUAACACGUGUUCUCCUGGCUAACAGCGUGUUGUGUGAACAGAGCAGAAAGCAGAACACAGACCUUUAUCAUCAUAUUAAAUACAGUUACAGACUUUCUUUAGAGAUGGGGAAGACGAAGAAGGUUGCCCCGGAGGCGGAGGAGGCUCCAGAGGCUGCUCCAGAGGCUGCUCCAGAGGCUGCUCCGGAGGUAAAGGUGACUCUGAACCCGAUCUGCACGCCGCUGGCCUCCAGGAAGCUCAGCAAGAAGCUCUACAAGUGCGUCAAGAAGGCUGUUAAAGUGAAGAACAUCCGGAGGGGGGUGAAGGAAGUUCAGAAGUUCAUCAACAAGGGAGAGAAAGGGAUCGUAGUCCUCGCGGGGGACACCCUCCCGAUCGAUGUGUACUGCCACCUCCCUGUGAUGUGUGAGGACAGGAACCUGCCGUACGCCUACAUCCCCUCCAAGACCGACCUGGGCUCGUCGGCGGGGUCGAAGCGUCCGACCUGCGUCAUCCUGAUCAAACCUCACGCAGAUUACCAGGAGGCGUACGACGAGUGUGAACAGGAAGUGAGCAGCCUGCCCAAACCCCUGUGAACACACACACACUAUCUCUCUCACACUCUCUCACUGACACACACUCACCCCUCUUUCCGUUUUUACCAUAAACGACGUGCAUCUUGUCGGCUAGCAGUUUCUAUCCACUUCCAGUCAUUGUGCUAAGCUACGCUGGCGCUGGAGAGGAUUUGAUAAAUUUGUUUUUAUUCCUUUACGGUAAAAACAAAGUGUAAAUAAACAAACCUGUUGUUGUUGACUAACGUCUCUGGAGGUUAGAUGUUGAUCCAGAUGUUUCAGUGACGGCUCGAGGAACAUUUGAUUUUCUACGACGUUUUUUGUGUUUUUGUUUUAAUUCACUUGUUUUGUUUUUUAAUAAAAUGAACGUGAACUGA